AUGCCCCUUCACUCUUUUAUUCGCAAUGACAAGACCAUUAUUGCACCCAACGCCUCUCUUCGUCGCGUCAUAAACCGUCAUACGAAAGAUUCUCUACUCAAUGUUAUUCAUAAAUGGUUACAAGACCCUAUAACACGUUCAAAAAUAAUUGCUCUUUAUGAAGACGAAGAAAUUCUUAACGAUACCAAUGAUACCAAUGUACAACAACUAGUCAAACGACUUUUAUUUCAUUAUGAGAAACUUUCAAGUUCCGGAAGUAAAAAGAAAAUAGUUGAUAAAAUUUUUCUUGAGGAUUGGAAAGAUGGAUUAAAUUAUAAACAAGUGGCACAACUAGAUAUGAAAUAUUAUCAUGAUCACUCUAGCCUCAAACAUUGGAAAGCUUUGAAACUAUGCUGGGAAGAUGGCGUGACUAAAGAAAAAAGAAUUUCGAAAGACUUCAGAGCUUCAUUCAUCACUCUCGAUACAACUCUCGCCAUUUUUCAAAGCUCAUUUGAAAAAAAUUGGUGGAUACGUAUUAGUAUUCACGAUGGAAUUCCACCGAAUGUUCUUCCCAUAAGUACAAAUAUCAUUUACGCUAUUUAUUUUACCAACUCUGAACAUUUAUUAUGUAGUAAUAUCAAACGUGAGCACAAGGAAUUUAUAAUGCAGGGGCUUUUGAAAACCUUCGUAUGCAAUGAAAUUGAAGAGUGGGAUUUGAAAGGAAAAUAUGUAGAUUCUCUUGAAAAGCUUUUAUUGCAUCGACAAUCUCAGGGAACAUACAGUCGUUAUCGAUUAAAUCAAGUUGAUGAUAACCCAUUAUUACUCCCUUCAAAAAAGUUGAAGAAAGAUGAUGCUGUAGUGGAUGAUGAUUUUGGACCUAACGAACAGCCAUCAAUUGAUUUAACAUUUCCUUUACACAAUGAUCAAAUGAACGAUUCGAUGUCAUUAUCAGCAACAGUUCUGUUUGAGGGGACCAAUGUAAUCGAAGGAUUAAAGAAAAUGAUUACGGCAGGAAUCGCUGAACCUCCAUUGCCUGCUUACUUGGCUGAUUUACAUAGUAAUGGAAAAAAUUAUAUAGAAGUUGAUGAAAAUAAUGUUGUAAUAGGAUAA